UGUGACUUGAUGCUUUUUAUAAACCACAGUGGGCAGUUGGUAAAGGCUGGAAAUGAUUAUGAGUAUUAUGGAGAAGAGGUCACUUCAAGAUAUGGAUUUGACAACGAUAGAUUUGGUCAUUUUGAUUUAUUAGAAGAAGUUCAAAAAUUAGGGUACACUAAAGGAGAGAAACUGUAUUAUAGGGCUUACAACAGUAGAAAGUAUGUUCACAUGCACAAUGAUGAGGGUGUCAUGGAAAUGCUUUCUAUGAUGGAACCUGGCAGGCAUUAUGUUCAAGUAUAUGUUGAUUCUAGUUCCACAAAUGAAAGUAGAGGUGAUGAUAAGCAAAAAGGCAUAGCAGAUGUGCAACAAGCUGCUGAUGAUAAUGUUUGUGAGGAUAGCACAGAUGAGGAGUAUAUUGUAGAAGAAUGUUCUGAAUCAGAUGGUGUCAGUUUAGAUGAAAUAGAAAGUUGUGAAUUAGAUGCACUUGGUCAACUUAGUGGAGAAGAAUUGGACCAGCUUAUUGAUAAUUUUCAUGAGGACAGCACAGAUGAGGAGUAUGUUCCAGAAGAAGAAAGUUCAGAAUCAGAUGGACUUAAUUCCGGUGAAUUAGGAACUGAUGAUGAAGAAUACUUUGAAGGAAGGAGAAAAAGAGUUGAAUCCAAAAAAGUUGCAGAUGAAGAAAAUGAAAAUUUCACAUUAUCUUCUGAAAAGGGGUGGGGUUCCACAAAUGAAAGUGAAUUCUUGUCUCUGAGGGAAGAUCAUUCUGAUUAUGCAGACUCAGCAGAAGAGUUUGUGUUGCUCCUAUCUUUUGAUGAUGAUAUUAUGCAUUUCAAUGUUGAACCAGUUGUUGAUGUUGUUAUGCCUUCUAAUGAUGAACAUGUUGAUGAUGUUGCUAUGCUUUCUAAUGAUGAGCAUGUUGAUGAUGUUGUUAUGCCUUCUAAUAACAAGGAACAAGCGUUGAACAUGUUACUCUGA